UUUAUCAAAGGUGCAACCUCACAGUAUAUCGCACUUAUCUGAGUUCAGAGUCUAUGUGAUGAAAAUGACUGUCAUAAACUCCUGUUAAUUGGAUUAAAGUUAAAUUCAGUGAUUGUUGCACUGAUACCUCAGCUUUAUAGCCAUUGUGGCUAUAAAAAGCUCUUAAAAAAACUCUCUUCCAGUGAAACACUGCCGUGGCAUGAUGAUGAAGCUCUUACAUGGCUUGUUUACUCUCUCCGUCUUGGUUGUGUUCGGGUGCUACAGUAAUGCUGAACAACAGGAUUUCAUGUUACUUUCAGGUCCUUUGACCACCAAACUUGUAUAUGGCUUGCCAACCGAACCUUUGGAGAGCCUAAAUUCAGCUGUAGGAACUUCAGCAAGCGAUGAUGUGUUUGACUGCAGGGCUCCACUGCCCCUGGAAUCCAGAAGCUACUUCUUGUAUCUUCAGAGCAAAGGAGUGAACCGCUUUAAAGUUCCUCUCUCUUGGUCUCGCAUUCUUCCCACAGGUGAUCCUAACCAGCCGCACGAAGGCACGGUGAAGUGUUACAAGGCUCUUGUGCGCCAACUGCUUGAAUCGGGCAUAAAACCUCUGCUGGUCCUUCAACGCUCGGCUGUACCUGAACCUUUCAGAAGCACAUACGGAGGUUGGGAGAACCCAUUGGUGGUGCAGAUGUUUGAGCAGUAUGCAGGAUUUGUCUUUGCUUCGUUUAAAGACCAGGUGGACACAUUCAUAACAUUUAGUCAUCUGCAUGAACUUCAUGAUGAAGAACUUCAAAACGCUUUCCAGUCCCAUGCAAACAUAUACAAACUCUACCAUCAAAAGUUUGAAGGGAUUCGGUUGUCUAAUGGAAUCAGAGCUGAAGAUAUUACCUCCAUUUAUCAACUGGGGUCAAAAAACAUGGCAUAUAUGGAUUUCCUCUCUGUGCACCUGCAGUAUGACUGUAAACUGAAAACUCUGACCAAGAACUUGAGGUUGUUACAAGAUAUCAGUGGUCAGCUGUCCAUCCUGUUGUAUGAACUGACCACCAGGGACUGUGCUGAACAUGAAAAUCUUUUCCAGCCUCUUAUCAGUAUUUUUAGAGUUUUACAAAACGAAGAUCUUCACAUCAUUGGCUGUGACAUCACACAGCUUUUUGGAAAGCUAGAUCAAGAACAAACAUCCAACAGUCUGCAGAAUGACCAUUUUGAUGGUUUCCAUCAAAAAUCAGCUUCUUCAUUUUCAUACCAAAAAGUAUGGGAGAAAUUUAAAACUCAGACUGAAGUGGAUAGAGAUCAAUUCCUGGAUGGAUCAUUCCCAGCUGGUUUUCAGUGGUCAGUCUCCAGUGAGAGUUUCAAAGGUGAGGGCGGCUGGUCUGAACACGAGAAGGGCGAGACCAUAUGGGACCGUUUUAGCCACGAAGGUCAUGUCUUUGACAAUCAGACCACCGAUCUGGCCUGUGACAGUUAUCACAAGGUGGACUAUGAUACGUAUCUGCUCAGGGGUAUGCUGUCCCCUAACUACCAGCUCUCACUUUCCUGGGCUCGCAUUUUCCCCAAUGGACGCAAGAACAGUUUGGUUGAAAAGGGGGCACUUUAUUAUGACAAGAUGAUUAACACGCUUCUACAAUCGGGCAUUGAACCAACUGUUACUCUACAUCACUGGGAUCUUCCUCAAGCUCUGCAGGAUCAGGGAGGAUGGACCAGCGACUCCAUUGUGGAAGCUUUUAAAGAAUUUGCAGACUUCUGCUUCUCUCGAUAUGGAGAUAGAGUCAAAACAUGGAUCACCUUUGGCAGCCCAUGGGCAGUGAGCAAUUUUGGGUAUGGAACAGGGGAACAUCCCCCAAGUAUUAAAGACCCAAUAGUGGCCUCAUACCAGGUUACACACAAUAUUCUGAAGUCUCAUGCUGAAGCCUGGCAUGUUUAUAAUGACACAUACAGGAAAAAACAGAGCGGAAAAGUUGGCAUUGCUCUUAACUCUGAAUGGGCGGAGCCAAAGAAUCCUUCAAGUCCCCAGGAUAUUGCAGCAGCUGAACGCUAUCUUAACUUCAUGCUGGGCUGGUUUGCUCACCCCAUAUUUGUAGAUGGUGACUAUUCAGUAAUACUUAGAGAUCAAAUUAGGAAUAAAAACACUCUCUGUGGUAAAGAGAUAGCACGACUACCUGUCUUUACCGCAGCAGAGAAACAACGAAUCCUUGGCACAGCAGAUUUCUUUGGGAUUAACCACUAUACUUCCCGACAGAUAAGUGAAAAGUUGAAUAGUUGUGAUCCUGGACCUCAUAAUGUCGGGGACUUCCAGAUACACGUUGACCCCACCUGGCCCAACACAUCUUCUGACCAGAUUCAAUCUGUUCCCUGGGGGCUACGGCGUUUAUUGAACUACAUCUCUUUAGAGUACACAUCUGUCAGAGAUGUGCCCAUCUACAUAACGGGAAAUGGCAUGCCCACGGAGUACUAUGGUGAUGUGAUCGACGACACCUCACGUGUUGAAUUUCUCAAAGCUUACAUUAAUGAGGCAAUGAAAGCUGUGCUUUUGGAUGGCAUUGACGUCCAAAGGUUUACAGUACCCCUAAUGGACAGCUUUGAGGGUCCCAAGGGCUACAGUGAACGAUUUGGACUGCACUAUGUGAACUUUGAAGAUCCCGACAGACCAAGAACUCCCAAAACGUCAGCGUAUUUCUACUCAAAGGUGAUCGAGAGAAAUGGUUUUGCUGAGGGUGCUAAGAAACCUAAUAUGCAAAUCUAUGAAAAUAAAAUGGAGAGAUCCAGGCUUCUUGGUCUACCACCGUCUGAAGUUCCCUCAGCAUCCAAAGUGGUUUGGGAACAGUUUUCCCCUCAGACUAAGUUUGAGAGACAACUUUAUCACUAUGGUACAUUUCCAAAUGAAUUUCACUGGGGUGUGUCCUCUUCAGCCUAUCAGAUUGAAGGUGGCUGGAAUGCAGAUGAAAAGGGACCCAGCGUGUGGGACACUUUUACUCAAAAACCUGGUAAUAUCCCAAACAGCGAUAACGGUAACGUGGCAUGUGACAGUUAUAGUAAAAUAGACGAGGAUCUAUACAUGUUAAAAGGCCUAAAAAUUAAAACUUACAAAUUUUCCUUGUCAUGGUCUCGGAUCUUUCCCAGUGGUUAUAUAUCUUCUCUUAAUCAGAAGGGUGUAGAUUACUACAACAGGCUCAUAGAUGGCCUCAUAGCGAAUAAUAUCAGUCCUAUGGUAACUCUUUACAAUUGGGAUCUACCACAAGCAUUACAAGACAUGAAAGGAUGGGACAACCCAGAAAUGAUAAAAAUUUUCAAUGAGUAUUGUGACUUCUGCUAUGCAACAUUUGGAGACAGGGUAAAGUUUUGGAUAACUUUUAAUGAACCCCAGACAAUUGCAUGGUUAGGGUACGGACUCGGCCAGAUUCCACCCAAUGUGAAGCAACCCGGAGAUGCACCGUACAGAGUUGCUCACAACCUCCUAAAAGCACAUGCAAAUGCAUAUCACACAUAUGAUGAGAAAUACAGGGCAACGCAAAAAGGACUGGUGUCUAUUAGUCUGAAUGCCGAAUGGGUUGAACCUCAAGAUGUCAAUGUCCCUCGAGAGGUGUUGGCUGCUGAUCGAGCCCUCCAGUUCCAACUAGGCUGGUUUGCACAUCCCAUCUUUAAGAAUGGCGACUAUCCUGAUGCCAUGAAGUGGCAGGUUGGCAACAAGAGCGAACUCCAGGGCUUGAAAGAAUCUCGCUUGCCAUCUUUUACCGAUGAAGACAAAGCCUAUAUUCAGGGCACUGCUGACGUAUUCUGCAUUAACACGUACACGACCAAAGUCGUACAUCAUGCCACCAUCAGACUGUCUCCUGAGAGUUACCAGAACGAUCAGGACAUCAGUAAGGAAGAAGCGGAUGGUGCUGAAGAUACGGCUGUUAAAGACCAGAAAGCUGUUGCUUGGGGACUAAGGAGACUUCUUAACUGGAUAAAGAAUGAAUAUGCAGAUCCUGAGAUUUAUAUCACUGAAAAUGGUGUAUCCACAGGUACUCGCAUUACGGCCGAUGACACAGACAGGAUUUUCUACCUUAAAACUUACAUUGAUGAAGCUCUCAAAGCAAACAACCUUGAUGGUGUGCGCCUUAAGGGAUACAUUGCCAGUCCCCUGAUGGACUCGUUCGAAUGGUUGAAUGGCUAUAACGUUGGCUAUGGACUUCACCAUGUGGACUUCAAGCAUCCAAGUCGCCCGAGAACUCCAAAGCGCUCGGCUCACCUUUACUUUAGUAUCAUGAGAAAUAAUGGCUUUCCAAUGCCGGAGGAGGAGGAAAUUAUCUAUGGACAUUUUCGAGACGGGUUUGUCUGGAGCACAGCAACAGCCGCUUAUCAGAUAGAGGGGGCCUGGAGAGCAGAUGGGAAGGGUCUCAGCAUCUGGGAUAAAUUCGCACACACUCCCUUAAAGAUCUCAAAAGACGAAAACGGUGACAUUGCAUGCGACAGCUAUAAUAAGAUCAAUGAAGAUGUCGACAAUCUUAAAACUCUGAAAGUCAACCACUACAGAUUCUCUAUUUCCUGGCCCAGAAUUCUACCUGAUGGAACUAACAAGAAAAUUAAUCAAGCUGGACUCGACUACUAUCACAGAUUAGUGGAUGCACUUUUGGCAGCCAAUAUUAAACCACAGGUGACACUUUACCACUGGGAUCUACCACAAGCUCUCCAGGACGUUGGAGGUUGGGAAAACGACACUAUUGUAAAUAGGUUCAGAGACUAUGCUGAUGUCAUAUAUAACAGCCUGGGAGACAAAGUACAAUUCUGGAUCACGAUAAAUGAACCCUACAACGUUGCGAUGAUUGGACAUGGUUAUGGAUCUGCAGCACCAGGUAUAAGUUUCAGACCAGGUACUGCACCAUAUAUAGUGGCACACAACCUCCUGAAGGCUCACGCUGAGGCCUGGCACCUGUAUCAUGGCAAGUACAGAGCAAAACAAGGUGGCAUUGUUGGCAUCACUAUAAACUCCGACUGGGCUGAACCAAGAAAUCCAUACAAACAGGAAGAUGUGGAUGCUGCCAUUCGUGUCAUUCAGUUCCAGCUUGGCUGGUUCGCUCAUCCAGUGUUCAAUGGAGAUUACAGCGAUUUAAUGAAAAACAUCAUUAGAGAGAGAAGCCUGGCAGCUGGUUUACCUAAAUCAAGACUUCCAGAGUUUACCCCAGAAGAAAUAGCGAGAAUUAAGGGUACUCACGAUUAUUUUGGAUUCAACCACUACACCACUGUCUUGGCCUAUAACUUGGACUACGGCGACCUUGCACAUUAUGAUGCCGACAGAGGGGCAGGGACUGUUGCCGAUCGAACGUGGCUGGACUCUGGAUCCUUCUGGUUGAAAGUCACUCCUCCGGGAUUCCGGAAAAUUCUGAAUUUCAUAAAAGAAGAAUAUGGAGACCAUCCCAUAUACAUUACAGAGAAUGGAGUAUCAGAAAGAGGAACACUGAAUCUGAAUGAUGCUCACCGGAUCCACUACUAUAAGCACUAUAUAAAUCAGGCCCUAAAAGCAUAUUUGCUGGAUGGAGUGGACAUCCGUGGCUAUGCCGCCUGGACCCUGAUGGACAACCUGGAAUGGGCUACAGGCUAUGAUGAUAAAUUUGGCCUUUUCUAUGUGAAUCGAUCGGAUCCCACUUUACCACGAAUUCCUAAGAAAUCUGUCUGGCACUAUGCUACAAUCGUCAACUGCAAUGGCUUUAUAAAUCCAAGCCAAGGACCUCAUGAAUGUGAGGUUCUUAAACCUGAAGAUGGCAUCACAGACACAACAACUCCUCAACCUACUCCUGCUGCUGAUCUGGUGCUUAACUUUUUGGGUUUGGAAGUUUCAGGAUCUGAUGCUGAAGUUGCUCUAAAUGUCCUCUUUAGUUUCACCAUUAUUGGUGCAGUCGCUGUUGCGUUCUUGCUGUUUGGAUUGGUAAAGACAACCAAGAAAGCCAAACGCCAUAAAGAGGAGCACAUUAAUCUGACAUAAUGAAUAAAUUCUGAACGUGAAGACUGGUGACACUUAUAAAUAAUAAAAUAGAUCCUGUUUUGCUUCACUUUCCAUUUUGUACAGUUUAUGUUCAAGUGGUUAAAGGGGACAGAGAAUGAAAAAACAUUUUUACCUUGUCUUUGUUGAAUAAUGGUAGUCUACCCACAUUCACAAACAUACAAAAAGUGGUAGACAUGCUAAACAUCUCAGUCUCAUAGAAAUUCCUCUUUUAGAAAUGUCAGCCAGAAAACGGCCCAAUCUGAAAAACUGAUGCUUAUGACAUCAAAGGCAUCUAACUGCCCAUCCACUUUAAAAUAAUUGGCUACAUUUUUUGAGUGGCAGCAAAGUCAGCCAAUCAGUAAUGAGAUUGCAAGUUAAGCCAGUAGGGGGAGCCAUAUAGGUGCAAAACCACUUGUUUAAAAUCCCCCACCCUAAUAGAGGUAUCUGAGAGAGGUUUUUAGGAAGCUUCCAAGGCAUUACAGACCCAAACAAAAACUUUUUUGUCUACAUGUCACAUCACAGAACAAGGAUAAAUACCCCGUUCAAUC